AUGUCAGACAUAAGGGAAGAAGCUGAUACUCAAUCAUACAUUGGUUUUCCGAUAAGGAAUGCUAUACAAUCUACAAGAGAGAUUGCUAUUGUGGUUUCACCGAAGGGAAACUUUGUUGCUACAUUCCAUAAUGAUAAUGAUGUAGUGAAAGUAUGGAGUUUGUCUGAGGAGACACUGGAAAAGAAAAAAGAAGCGGUUGUUAAUGUGCAUCAAGGACUUGCUGUUUCCGAUUACGGAUAUCUGGCAGUCGGUCAUGUUGUAAUUUCUUUUGGAGAAGAAGAAGACCCGUCACUCGAACCAGAACUGGAGAAUUUAAAAAGUUGGAGUUUAGAAUCAAACGUACGUGGGCUCAGUCAAUUUAACAACGUUCAUUAUACGUUUCUUCGGUCUCGUGAAUUUGUUGUUGUGAAUGAUGUCGGCGUUCAUCGAUAUGAUUCUUCUGAAAACCGAUGGAAAGUCAAGACGUCUGAAUUUUACUGGACAUCCGAAUUAGAUUGGACAUCCGAAUUUUACUGGAAACCCGAAUUUUACUGGACAUCCAAGAUUUUCGAGAUUUUCGAGAUUUUCGGGAAAUUUACACUUUUCUCGCCAUAUUUAGAUUUAUGGAUAUCUGCACUUGUAGGAGAGAUUUUUUUCAAUGGAGGAAUUCCUCACAAGCCUGUUCGGUACUCUAUCACUAACGAGAAAUUAAUAUGUGUAUGCGAUAACUAUCUGGCACAGUGGGACCUCACUAACGAAAAAAAGGAAAUGGAAUACUAUAUCGGGAAUGAAACAUUGGACUCUACGCGACAGAGAGAACGUGGUGAAGAAGAUUACGUUAUUGCAAUAGACUCUGGGAAUACUUUAUCUGCAUUCGUGACUGAGGAUGACGAUGCUCAGAUAUUGACAGUGUACUGGAUACAAACUGGACUUCCAAUGUCGACGAUACGAGUAAAGAAUGAUACCGAUGAUUGGAUCGUUGCUAUGGAGUUUAUAAAGACAUGGGAUUAUCCAUUGUUGCUAACAGUGACGAAAAGAGGAAAGGCUAUGUUAUGGUAUCCGCACAAUCUCUGCCAGAAACCUGCUAACGAAGGUUUUGGAACUCCACUAGAUACAAUUAAUCUUCAAGAGUAUGUUAGCCUGACUGAAUGGAGACCUAAGCGGACAUUUGUAAUCAGUGGAGCAAAGAUAAUAGUAAAAACGGAUGAUGUACCUAAAGUCAUAUGCGCAGUAGAAGACCACAUCGAAAACCUCAAUAAGAGUCUAUUCAAACACCCGCUAGGCGCUACUCCUAUUCGGCACCUUUCAUUAAAAAAAGACCCUUCACGUUCAACCAUUUCGGUCAAUCGUCUAGAAACAAUUGACCUGGAAACAACAGAUAUUUCCGGGGCAUCUCUCCGUUGGACUGUAGAUCCACAUUCUGGGCUUUGUGUUUAUAGAAAUUUAUCCCCCGUCACUUCCAUCAAUGCUCAAGAGUUUAAAUAUUUUGGAAAGGUGACACGUUCAAAAAUUUGGGAUAACGGUGAUCUAGUUAUAUUAACCACUAAAUGUCUAUGCAUAUUUUAUCUCAGCGAUAAUGAUACUAUCGAACUUAGUUAUUACUGGGAUAAUGGGAUGAGGUUUGAUAAUGUGAUCAAUUAUCUGCUUGAGCAGACAAACAUUUCUCUCGAAGAAACAAUGAUUGAUACCCUGUCACAGUUGCUUUACGCAGAGCUUAACGAUGAUGAUAAACCAUUGCCGCCACCUAAUUUCAAAAGUAUCUGGUGGCAUAAGCGAAAAGCAGAAGAAAGUAACGAUUUGACGAGAAUUCGAUUAUUUGGUAAUCUCGUUAACUUAUUGAGAACGAGAGACAAUCUGGCCAAGUAUGGAAAUAUAUUGCUCGCCGAAGCAAUUCAUCAGCGAGACGAAGAUGUGGUCGAGUCUAUAAUCAAGACUUGUAUUGACCUCUUCCGCGAUAACUCAAUUAUGUAUAUUGGCUUCUUGCAAAUUGUAACCGAUUCACUACCAAAACUGUGGGUACACUAUCCUGAUAAAGCCGCAAAAUAUUUUUCAAAUACAUGUUUGAUUUUGGCUCCACAAUGUCACUCUGUACACAGUUUGAUGCUACCUUCCAGUCGUAUUUAUGGUUUUGCAUAUAGAACAGGAAAUCCGAGCGGACUUGUGAAGCGGAAAAAACUCGUUGUUAUAUCGGCGCGAACUAUUUCGUGUCUUAUUAGAGGGAUGGUUUCACUUGAGGAUGUGGCAUGGCAGAUUUUUCUCCCUUUGCUGACUUCCAAUGCGAUAUUUGCAAAGUACCUACUGAUAUACACUCCCCUGACUGCAAGGAUCAGCAAAAUAGACCACUUUUUAGAAAGGUUUUUGCUUAAUGUUAAUAUUAAUGUAGGCCGUAAAAGACGGUCUACAUUAACCCUCGUUGUUCGGCUGCCGAAUUUUUGUUCAUACCCUCAGCAGUAUUCAGCUAUGAAAGACCUCCUUUUUCCAGCACCGAGUCCAUUUGUUAAAACUGUUAUCAACAGAACACCAGAAUUGUUUAGAACCUGGGAUGGCGAAGCAUUGAUAGACUUCAAAUGGCGAACAUUUGGAUUUGAUUAUUACAUGCUCAUUUGCGCACAAUUUGUAACAUUUUUUGUAUGCUUCAUAAUUGCAAUAUCACAGACCGAGGAUAGUGAUUUGAGACGAAGUCUCUUCUUAACAGUUGUUGUGUUUGCUGUAUGGCAUCUUCAUUUUGAAGUCAGGCAAUUCGUAUGGAACCCAAUACGUUAUGUCUUCUCACCAUGGAAUUGGUUCG